AUGCCGGCCGAGAGGCGCUCGCUGAGAUCGAACAGCAAGUCGGAUUCCGCGAACGGUGAUAAGACCCGCUCGACCUCCCAGAGCUCUAGCUCCAACAAGGACAAGGUCGCGCCCGCCCGCGGCGCCGCCGGCAAGACCAGAUCGGCGUCCAAGGCCGCUUCGUCCAACACCAACGCCAAUACCGAGAUGGGUGAACAGCGGGAUCAGCCGCAGACCAACGGCUCCGACCCCAAGAAGAAUGGCGUGAAUGGCUCGGAGGAUGUGGACAUGGGAGAGGACACGGCAGGUGCGCCUACAUCCUCAUCCAACGCCAGUAGUAAGGAUCGGCAAGGUGACGAGAAGAUGACUGUUGUAGUGCCCCCAACCAAGGGUUCGAGGUUAUCUGGCGACAAGGGUCAGAACCAGGAUGGUGAUGUGGCCAUGGACGGCGCCGAGGGGGAUGACCAGACGCCUGAACAGAUCGACCCGAAGACCAAGGCCAUCCAAGAUAUCAAGGCCAACUUCACAUUGCUGGACCGUGCCGUGACCCAUUUCGACCCUCGAUUUACCCUGCGUGUUCUGCGGUCGAUAUCGUCCAUGCGGAAGCACAUCACCGCCGAUGUGCUCGCCCAGGUGGUCGUCGAGACGUACUCGCCGUCAAGCUCGACGGCAUCGUUCCUGUUGGAGGCCAUCAACCAACCGGCUGCCUUUGAGAGUGCCGCCCCUGCGGACUCCGAGAUGGAGGUCGAUUCGGACAAGAACCGAUCGGCCGCCAAGGAGGUGCUGCCCGAGGUCGAUACGUACCUGUCCAUCCUGGUCCAGAUCUACCUCUACGACCGCAAGGAGAUCCAGAGCGGCGCCCAGUUCUCCACCGCCCUGAUCGAGCGGCUGCGGACCAUGAACCGCCGCACUCUCGACUCCCUCGCCGCCCGCGUGUACUUCUACUACUCCCUCUUCUUCGAGCAGAUCGCCCCGCUGCCGCCCUCGCCCGCGGCCGCGGUCACCACCAUUCGCCAGCCGCUCCUGGCGGCCCUGCGGACGGCCGUGCUGCGCAAGGAUGCCGACACCCAGGCGACCGUCAUGACCCUGCUGCUGCGCAACUACCUGUCGACCUCCCACAUCUCGCAGGCCGACCUCCUCAUCUCCCAUAACCGGUUCCCGCCCUCGGCCUCCAACAACCAGAUCGCCCGGUACCUGUACUACCUCGGUCGCAUCCGGGCCAUCCAGCUGCAGUACACCGAAGCUCACGGCCACCUGAUCGGGGCCACGCGCAAGUCUCCCUCCAGCCACAGCGCCCGCGGCUUCUACCAGGCCUCCCACAAGCUGCUCGUGGUCGUCGAGCUCCUGAUGGGCGACAUCCCCGACCGUGCCAUCUUCCGCCAGCCGGCCCUCGAGCGCGCCCUGCACCCCUACUUGCUCCUGGUGCAGGCCGUCAGCGUCGGCGACCUGGAUGGCUUCCUCAGCAUCGUCAACACCCACAGCCCGACGUUCCGCAAGGAUGGCACCUACACGCUCAUCCUGCGCCUGCGGCAGAACGUGAUCAAGACCGGCAUCCGCAUGAUGUCCCUGUCGUACUCGCGCAUCUCCCUGCGGGACAUCUGCCUGCGUCUGGGACUGGACAGCGAGGAGUCGGCCGAAUACAUCGUCGCCAAGGCGAUCCGGGACGGCGUCAUCGAGGCGUCGCUCGACCACGAGCGCGGGUUCAUGAAGAGCAAGGAAGUGGGCGACAUCUACGCUACCCGGGAGCCCGGCGAGGUCUUCCACGAGCGGAUUCGCGCGUGCUUGAGUCUGCAUGACGAGAGUGUCAAGGCGAUGCGGUUCCCGAUGAAUCAGCACCGACUCGAGUUGAAGAGUGCGCAGGAGGCCCGCGAACGCGAGCGGGAGUUGGCCAAGGAGAUCCAGGAAGGAGACAUGGACGAUGACGAUGCCGGGGGCGACAUGAAAGCUCGAACCGCCCCGGCCUCUGCGCUGGUCCUCUCCUCUCGAAUCGUAACUCCCUCGACGACCACCAUCUGCUGGCAAUGUCUUCGCAAUGACCUCCUCUCGAACCGGGCGCCGGUGCAGGCGCGCAAAUACCACCCGACCCGCCGAAGAGACGCUUCGCCGUUUGGGGCCGCCGUGUCCGCCGCCCAGACAAUCUUCAAGGGACUGCCCAAGGCUCCCGCGGGGAUCUCGGUGGAUCCAUUGCGGAUCGUGGGCAAGGAACUCAAGUUCCUGACGAAGAACAUCCGGCAGUUGUUGGGUUCGGGGCAUCCGGCCCUGGAUCGCGUGGCCAAAUACUACUCCCGCAGCGAGGGCAAGCAUAUGCGUCCGUUGCUGGUGCUGCUGAUGUCCCAGGCCACCGCGUUGACCUCCGACCACCCUCGCGCGCCUCGCGCGCCGUCGGAGACCGUCAACGAUCCCAUCACGUCGACCGCGGUCCUCCAGGACGCCAAUCCGGACGUCCACCCUCUCACCGCGGCCCCCCGCACCGCCGACGGGGCCCCCUACGACUUCAUCGGGGACGAGAACAUCCUGCCGGCCCAACGGCGCCUGGCUGAGAUCACCGAACUGAUCCACACCGCCUCCCUCCUGCACGACGACGUGAUCGACAACGCCAUCACGCGGCGGUCGGCCAGCUCCGCCAACGUCCAGUUCGGGAACAAGAUGGCCGUGCUGGCCGGGGACUUCUUGCUGGGGCGGGCCUCGGUGGCCCUGGCGCGCCUGCGGGAUCCCGAGGUGACGGAGCUGCUGGCCACGGUGAUUGCGAACCUGGUGGAGGGCGAGUUCAUGCAGCUGAAGAACACCGAGGCGGACGAGAAGCGCCCGGUCUUCACGGAGGAGACCAUCACCUACUACCUCCAGAAGACCUACCUGAAGACGGCCAGCCUGAUCAGCAAGUCGUGCCGCGCCACCGCCGUGCUGGGCAACAGCAGCCCGGAGGUUAUCGAGGCCGCUUACGCCUACGGCCGCAACCUGGGACUGGCCUUCCAGCUGGUGGACGACAUGCUCGACUACACGAUCAGCGAGGCCGAGCUGGGUAAGCCCGCCGGUGCGGAUCUGGAGCUGGGACUGGCGACCGCUCCGCUCUUGUUUGCUUGGAAGGAGAACCCGGAAUUGGGGCCCAUGGUGGGCCGGAAGUUCAGCCAGGAAGGGGAUGUAUCACGGGCCCGCGAACUGGUGUAUCGAAGCCACGGCGUGGAGAAGACCCGCGCGUUGGCGCAGGAGUACGCGGACAAGGCAGUGGCAGCGAUCGCCCACUUCCCCGACAGCGAGGCCAAGGCGGCAUUAAUCCAGAUGUGUGAGAAGACGAUGAACCGACGGAAGUAG